AUGUUAGGCUGCAAGGUUUAUGGCAAAUCUUAUUUAUCAAGACCUGGAAUUAAUGUCAACCUUACGGAGUACAGAGAAGAGGGUGUUCGCAGCGGAUAUCCAAUAUCAUACCAUUCUAUUGGUGAGCUCUCGCUUCGUUUCAGACAAUCAGGUCGUUCUACGAAUACUACGAGACUGGAUGACUGGUCUUUGGGAGCCCUUACGUCAAGAAAUUCUGACACACAUGCACCUCAAUGCCCUUCUCAACAAACAAUUCUCUUUCACUGUUUUGCCGGGAAGCCAUACAGGGUUGCAGCGGUGUAUCAGCUGACCAUGACACUGUUUUCAGAUGUCGUCUGUGCCCAACAGUAA